GAUUUCAUUUUUGGGUCACCACCUCUCGACCGCCAAAACUCCUUCCUCUCUUUCCCUCUUCAGUUUCUUCAUCCGCGGACGAGAAGGGAGAGCAGAGCACCAAACCCAAAACACCGAGGUAAGUAAGCUGUCUCGUUUCUCUGUCGUCGUCAUCUCCUUCUUCCUCUAGAUUAUAUGACACAGAAGUCAUCACGUUAGAAGUGGGGAGGCCAAGAAGAAGCGUCAUCACCUGAUGGCGUCGCUUGGCUCGCUAGAGCUCUUGCCUCAGGCCCUCCCCUUCGCCUCCCAACCAAAACCCACUUCACGUUCGCACCAAGUUCGCACCUUUGUUAGGUGUGGACAUCUCAAUCAACCGAACGAAGCUAAACCCUCCUUGAACCCACCAAAGAUCAGUGCUUUUGCCGACACCAGGCUGACCCAUGUCCAGUCCCCUGAUUCCAAGGACGCCCAUUUGAUCAAGCUCUUCGGUAGGUCCUGCAAAGUGGGCAAGUUCACUGAGGCCCUCUACUUUCUCGAGCGCAUGGUGACAAGAGGGUAUAAGCCUGAUGUCAUUCUUUGCACAAAGCUCAUUAAAGGGUUGUUCAAGUUGAGGAACUUCGAGAAGGCGGUCCGGGUCAUGGAGAUUUUGGAGAAGUAUGGCAAGCCGGAUGUGUUCUCAUAUAAUGCGGUCAUCAGCGGCUUUUGCAAGGCGAAUCGGGUCGAAUCCGCCAAUCGGGUCCUUCAGAGGAUGAGCAGCCAGGGGUUCUCGCCAGAUGUCGUCACGUAUAAUAUCAUGAUUGGGAGUCUUUGUAGUAGGGGGAAGCUCGAUUUGGCUCUCAAGUUGUUGGAUCAGUUAUUGAAGGACAAUUGCCAGCCGAGUGUGAUUACAUUCACUAUAUUGAUAGAGGCGACUAUUAUGGAGGGCGGGCUUGAUAAAUCUCUGAAACUUUUGGAUGAGAUGUUAUCGAGAGGGCUGCGACCAGACAUGUACACCUAUAAUGCAAUAAUUAGGGGAUUGUGCAGAGAAGGGAUGGUGGAUCGAGCUCUUGAGUUUGUUAAAAGCUUGAAUUCUCGGGGUUGCAAACCCGAUGUUAUAUCUUAUAAUAUCCUCCUGAGGGCACUUUUGAAUCAAGGGAAAUGGGAUGAUGGCGAGAAGUUGGUGGAAGAGAUGAUGGUGGAAGGGUGUGAACCGAAUGUUGUAACCUACAGCAUUUUCAUCAGUUCUCUAUGCCGUGAGGGGAAAAUUGAGGACGCAAUGAGUGUCUUAAAGGUUAUGGUUGAGAAUGAGUUGACUCCAGAUGCUUAUAGUUAUGAUCCGCUGAUCGCUGCAUUAUGCAAGGAGAGAAAAUUAGACAUGGCGAUAAAAUUUCUAGAUCAGAUGAUAUCUAACGGAUGCUUGCCAGAUAUUGUAAACUACAAUACAAUCCUUGCCACUCUUUGCAAGAAUGGAAAUCGUGACCAGGCUUUGGAGAUCUUCGCAAAGUUAGAUGAAGUUGGUUGUUCUCCUAAUGUUAGUUCUUAUAACACAAUGUUUAGCGCACUUUGGAGCUCUGGAGAUAGAUAUAGGGCUCUGGAAAUGAUAUCGGAAAUGGUAAGCAAAGGAAUUGACCCCGACAAUAUCACCUAUAAUUCGCUCAUAUCUUGUUUGUGUAGAGAUGGUAUGGUGGAUGAGGCUCUAAGUUUGUUGGUAGACAUGGAAAGGAGCGGGUUCAGUUCAACGGUGAUCAGUUAUAACAUUGUUAUACUUGGGUUGAGCAAAGUGAGUAGGAUAGAUGAUGCAAUUGAAGUGCUUGCUGUCAUGGUCGAAAAAGGAAUCCGACCAAACGAAACCACUUUUAUAUUGUUGAUUGAAGGGAUAAGUUUUGCAGGAUGGAGAGCCGAGGCGAUGGAACUGGCCAAUUCUCUUACUGCCAUUGAUGCUAUUUCUGAAGAUUCAUUUAAGCGUUUGAAAAGGACGUUUCCCAUGCUUGGUGUUUUCAAAGAGCUUAGUUACUUGGAAACUAAGUAGCAACAUGAGGUCUAGGAGCAAUUGUCCCAUUUUUAACUGGUAGAAUCCCCUGGAUUACGGUUUAAUUUUGUCUGGAGGACUUCGUGCUGUUCUGCAGUACAAUUUUGUCAGAGAGUCAGGUCUUUAGACACACAGCAAUACGGUUGAAGGUAAGAACUUCGUUGGAAAAUCAGCAGGCACAAGACAUGGCUAUAAUAGUAUCUGCUGUGAUAGGAGAACUGAUUGGCAGUUCAACAUGUGAACCACCGUAUGCUCGAUGCUUGAUGAAAAAUGAAACCUCAUGCUGUUGCAGAUAAACCUUAGUUUUUUCAUUCAGACAGUACAGGCAAAUUACAACAAAAAUUGUUUUGCCAUUUUCUUUUUCUGUGUUUCUUGUCAUUCAUUUUACCAAGAGAGAGCAACAUGGCCUUGCAGCACACGAGCCUUUUCCAAGAUUACUUUUGGUUCUGUAGCUGUAAAUUGAUUGGAAUGAGUAUUGGUUUUCUUGUACUUUGCAGUUUAGAACA